AAGGCAGAUGCUUAACCCACUGAGUCACGCUGGCGCCCCCUGAUAUUUUUUUAUUGAAGAGUUUGAAGUGUGCAGACCAGGAUCUCUAGCCUAGCACUGUCCAGUAGAAAUAUAAUGCAAGCACAUAUAUGAUUUAAAAUUUUUAAGUAGCCACCUUAAAAAAAGCUUACAAAUUGUGAAAACUAAGUUACAUUUUUUUUAGCCCAAUAUAUCCAAAAUUAUCAUUUCGACAUGUCAAAAGAUUAUUGUGUGUAAUUUACCUUCUUUUUUUGGUAUGAAAUCUUUGAAAUCUGGUGUGUGAUUUGUUCUUAAAGUGUGUCUUCAUUUAGACUGGACACAUUUUAAGUGGUCAGUAGCCACAUGUGGCCAGUGGCUACUAUAUUGAACAGCACAACUCUGGCCCAUUUAUCCAUAAAUUUUGCAGAAAAGGCAUGCUUGAGUUAACUUCCUUGUGCAGAGGCCCAGAAUGCUGUUUUUUUCUAAUAAUACAUUAUAAUAGCUACAAUUUUUAAAGCAUCUAUUAAAUGAGAUGUACUAGAAACAUCUCAUUGAAUGUUUAUAACCUUGUGGUGAGGUCGGUAGGAUCAUCCUCAUCUUGCAGCUGAAGAAAUCUAGGCACAGGAAGGUCAAGGGAUGGGCCUGGUCCUAGAGCUCUGGCCAGGACUCAGACUCAGGUCUAACUUCCGUGCCUGGUCUCUUAGAUCAUGGCUUGAUAAUACCACUAGCUUAUGUCUGUUGAGUGCUUACUGUGCCGGCACUGUGCUGCAUGCCGUGUAUCAGAGGCCUCGUUCAAUUGUUGCUAUGGUGCUUUGUGGGCGAUGGUUCUAGUUAACCCCAGUUCACAGGGCAGGAGACUGAGACCAGAGCGGCGAGUGCCCAGGGACUCAUGGGUGGUUCUUUGGCAAAACUGAAAUCUGAACCUAGGCGUUCUAAUCUCAGCACUCGUGCUUGUCACCACUUCUCUGUCUUCUCUCUGCCUUUUGUGACUACAGACCCAAGUAGUCUUCAUUAUGUUUCUGACCUGUGCCAGGCCCUGGAGGAGAAAGCCAGACAUGGACCUCGCAAGAUUGGCCCGGCUUUUCUCUGGACUCCGCCCUGUGGGACUGUCCACCCUCCAGCACCUUGGCCCUCUCGGAGCCAAAUGGGCAGGAGGCAGGGAGGGGCCUGCAUGGCUGAGGGCUGUGGGGCUGACUCGAGCCUGCAGCAGCUCCCCCUCACAGCUGCCCCUUGGCCAAGGGAACCCGAAGAACAUGAGCAGCCUCAGCUCUGACCUGAGCCAGCCUGGCCCCACGGCCGCUCAGGAGGAAGAGGAGAGCUUUGGGACCCUCUCCAACAAGUACUCCUCGAGGAGAAUGUUCCGAAAAUCGACAGCCCAGUUGUAUAACUUACGUCUCAGGGAACAGAAUGCUGAAGACGAGGAAAGGGGGCUGGAGCCAGAGAUAUGGCGGGGCCGGAAAAACACGCCUUACUGGUACUUCUUUCAGUGCAAACACCUGAUCAAAGAAGGGAAGCUGGCCGAGGCCCUGGACCUGUUUGAGUGGCAGAUGCUGAAGGAGGAGCGACUCCAGCCCCUCGAGUGCAACUACACGGUGCUGAUUGGGGGCUGCGGGCGGGCUGGAUACCUGAAGAAGGCCUUCCGCCUCUACAACGAUAUGAAAAAACGGGACCUGGAGCCCUCAGAUGCCACAUACACAGCCCUGUUCAACGUCUGCGCCGAGUCCCCCUGGAAGGACUCUGCACUGCAGAGUGCCCUGAAGCUCCGGCAGCAGCUCCAGGCCCGGAACUUCCAGCUCAACUUGAAAACGUACCAUGCCCUGCUGAAGAUGGCGGCCAUGUGUGCAGACCUCAGGAUGUGCCUCGACGUGUUCAAGGAAAUCGUCCAGAAAGGGCAUGCAGUCACAGAGGAGACCUUCAGUUACCUGCUCAUGGGCUGCAUCCAGGACAAGAAGACAGGUUUCCGAUACGCCCUGCAGGUGUGGAGGCAGAUGCUGAGUCUGGGGCUCCAGCCAAGCCAGCAUGGCUACAACCUGCUCCUGGGGGCAGCUCGAGACUGCGGCUUGGGGGACCCAGAGGUGGCCUCAGCACUGCUCCUGAGGCCCAGGGAGGAGACGGUCACGCUCCAGCCCCUGGCACGUGAGUUUUGGGCAAAGAGGAGAGCCCGGGCCCGGCUGGGCGAUGGCAUGUCAGUCAGGCUGCACGUGGAGGCCCUGGAGAGGCAGCUGUUUCUGGAACCUUCUCAGGUGCUUGAGGGCCUUCCAGAGCCUCACAAAGCCAGAGCCCCCAGCAAGGCCCAGCCUGAGGUGGAAACUAAGACGGAGCCUGACCGCAUGGUGGCCCUCACUUCCUUGGCCCCAGAACCUUCUCGCUGGGGGCUGGAGGCCAACCUCCUGACCUUGGGAGCAGUCCCCCCAGCUGUGGUCUCCUUUGGGACUGUGACCACCCCAGCUGACAGGCUGGCCUUGAUGGGGGGCCUAGAGGGCUUCUUGGGUAAGAUGGCAGAGCAUGGGCUCCGGCCCAACAUCAAAACCCUCACGCUGCUGGCUGAGGUGGUGGAGCCCGGGAGUCCCGCAGAGUCCUCACUGCUGACCGUCCUGGACACGUACCAGGUGGAAGCUGACGUGACGUUCUUCAACACACUGAUGAGGAAGAAGAGCAAGCUUGGCGAUCUGGAGGGGGCGAAGGCGCUGCUGCCGCUCCUGGCAGAAAGGGGCCUCACCCCCAACCUGCAGACCUUCUGUGGCCUGGCCACUGGGUGCCACAGGCCAGCAGACGGUCUGCAGCUGCUUGCGGACAUGAAGAAAUCCCACAUGACCCCCAACACCCACAUCUACAGCACCCUCAUCAACGUGGCCCUCAAGAAGCUGGACUACACCUAUCUCAUUAACAUCCUGAAGCACAUGAGGUGCAACAGUGUCCCAGUGAACGAGGUGGUCAUCCGCCAGCUGGAGUUUGCAGCCCAGUACCCGCCCUCCUUUGAUCGGUACAAAGAGAAAAACACCUACUUGGAGAAGAUCGAUGGCUUCCGAGCUUAUUACAAGCAGUGGCUGAAAGUGAUGCCAGCAGAGGAAACCCCCCACCCGUGGCAGAAGUUCCGGACCAAGCACCAGGGGGACCGAGACCCCAUCACAGAGGCGGAUGUGGACGGAGGCCUCGGAGGCAGGUGAUGGGAGGCGCUGGGGGCCGCGAGCAGAGCUGGGACAAAGGGCACAGUGUUUACAGAGCUCUGCGGGAGCCCAGGGGCCACUCCACAUCGGGCCUGUGCAUGUGCUCGUGUGGCCUCAAGCCCGAGGAAGGGUCCGACCCAGAGUGAGGGAAGUAGCGUUUUGUAGGCAUUGGGAUGAGGACAAACACUGGGUCCAGGGUGCCUGACAAGUUCGUGGCAGGUCCAGG